AUUUAGUUCCGCAUGCUCCGGUAGUUUCCUCCGAACAUUCAAUAAAAAUUCUGCAAUUAUUGUCUAUUUACGUCAAUCGUCAGUUCGAAUCAACUUCUUAACAGUUUAUCUCGCAAUCCGUUUGAAACAUGAACGGAAACAAUAAAUACGGCGAUGCCGACCUAGAACGAGGACAGGAUAGCUAUGAGUUGAAAGAGAACUAUAAUUCCACCACAAGGGAGAUUUUAGACCAAUGUCGACGAAUCAAUACGGAGAUUGCGAAGCUGCGCCAGAAGCGCGAAAGACAGCUUCACACUGCACAACAAGCGGUGCUCGACUCUAGCAACGGUGCCACCGACCGUCAAACUCGUCGUAGUCUAGACAUCAUAGAAAGCGAAAUAAUGCAGAUGCUGCAGCAGACUAGGAGUUUUUUGAAUGAUUUGAAGGAGAAUCUGCAACGGAACCACGAUUCUUCUACUAUGGCAGGCGUGUCAACUUUGACUUAUCCUCAAGUCGGCUUGGUGGGCCGGAAUUUGGAGGAAGAGGUUCAGCAGUUACGGAAGUCACAAGUUGAAUUUGAUCGUACGCUGAGGGACCAAGUGCGUAGACGAUACGAGAUUGCCAAUUCGACAGCAACGAGUCAAGAGAUUGAUUCCAGUGUUGAAAAUGUCAUGAGUGGCCAGAUUCAAGUAUUCCAGUCAACCCAGGGUGGCCGAAGACAGGGGGCAAUGGGCACACAUCUAGCAGUGGUCGACAGAUCGGCAGCUAUUCGAAAAAUUGAAGAUGAUUUGAUUUCUCUAAGCCAUGUUUCGCAAGAAGUUUCCGAGCUUGUCCAGCGACAAGAGCCUAUGAUCGAGGAAAUCGACAAGAAUGCGCAGGUCACCCAGGAAAACAUAGUAAAAGCCAAUGACAACCUUAUCAAAGCGAUUUUCAGUGCAAAGAAUGCGAGGAGGUAUAAGUGGUACAUACUUUUGGUUUGCCUGACAAUCCUGGCAGUUGUUAUAGCAGUGCCAGUCGCCUGGUGUGAGGUCAACCAUGCUUGCGGUGCAAAGUAACCAUUCGUGACGAAUUAAUCGGCUAUUCAACCCGACUUUGAUCAUGUUAUUUAUCUUUUUGCACUAUUUGAUACACCUUUUUGGAGUGGAACUGUCAUGUUACCAUGAUCCUUUGACGACCAUAAUACUAUACUUUUGCUUAAUGCUUAAUGCUUAAUGCUUGAUAAUGGAGUAGAAAACUCUAGAG